AACAAAUCAAGUUUAAAAUAACGAGUGCGCGUUCGACCGGUGAUUUUUUCCGAAAAUGAAUGAAUACUUGUGGGAAUUUGCUCAGAAAUUACCGAACGAGAAUGGUUUCCAAAUGGUGCUGAAAUCUGCUCUGGCCUUAACGGCAUCGAAAGGAGCGGAUAUUGACAAGACCAACGACAAAUGGAUGUGCAGAAAGUGUAAGACGCUCUGGAUGCACGGAUACUUCCGAGCCGGUGAGGUAUCCCGAGGAAAACAGUCGAAACGGAAAACCAUAUCAACGGUGCCGGCUUCAUCGAACACCUAUUUUGUGAAAUAUACCUGCACGUUAUGCUCACACGAAACACAUGUUCCAAUUACGGAGAAAAAACGUUCGGUGGAACCAAAACCUGAAAACAAUUUCAAAUCAAACGUUUCGCAAAAAUCUCAAUCAGGUUCCUCAACCGGAAAGAAAAAACCUCAUCAAACCAAACCGAAGCACAAAAACGCGCUAGGGAAAGCAAUACCACAAGGUAAGAAAAAGACCAACCAACUUUCCGGACUCCAGAACACCAACAGGCUUACUGCUUUGGCCAAUCUGUUGAAGCAACGAUCAGAAGGGAUGUCAUCAUCAGGGCAGAAGGAACAAACGGCGAGCGAACGAUUAAAACUUUUGCUCAAGUAAGUCUAGAGAUUUUUUCUUAUGGUUCUUACCAAACUGUAUUACCUUUUUUGUUUUUAUUCAAUAAGAGUAAGAGAGUGUAAUUACUUGCUAAUAAUCACUGAUAAAGAGUAAAUGAAGUGUGUAACAUGUGCGAUGAUUAACGAUAAGAAAAAGACUUAUGAAGUAGGUCUCGCAUAAAGAAAAGUGUAACAGUUUAUUUGUUGGCUUUUGUGAGAAUGGAUUCAACAGUAAACUUAACAAUAAGAUGUGCUUUUCCGGCAACAUGUGCUCGA